GCCCCUUUUGUGGCACUCUCCAGGCAUCCCCCCUUACUAUGACAUUCGCCGAACUUCUCGACCGGCUUGGGGGGACAGGCCGCUUCCAGGUCAUUCACGUCACCCUGUUGGUGAUCCCACUCCUACUUACGUCCACUCACAACCUUCUCCAGAACUUCUCAGCUGCCAUCCCUGAACACCACUGCCAGAUCAGGCUUCUUGGCAACAACACACACUUGCAUACAAACAGGACUCUGGACCCCACAACAGAAGAGGAUCUGCUGUGGAUCUCCAUCCCCCAAGAUCAGGCUGGUAAGCUGGACAAAUGUCGCCGGUUUGUCACUCCACAAUGGCAUCUCCUUCACGCAAACGUCACCCAUGCCAAUUGGACUCAGGCAGACACCGAACCGUGCCACGACGGAUGGAUCUAUGACAGAAGCAUUUUCGCCAACACCAUCAUUAUGGAGUGGGAUCUGGUGUGUAACUUGAGGACCCGGAGACAGAUGGCCCAGUCUAUUUACAUGGGGGGAGUGCUGGCGGGCGCGCUUGCGUUUGGAAGAUUAGCUGACAGGUUUGGGCGGAAAUCAGUGCUAAGCUGGUCCUACCUGCAAAUGGCGGUUGCUGGCCUGUGCACAGCCUUCUCCCCAACUUUCGUGGCCUACUGCGUCUUCCGCUUCCUGGUUGGCAUGGCGUACUCUGGGAUUAUCUUGAACUGCAUGUCUCUAGUCCUUGAGUGGGUGCCGACCAAAGUCCGAACUGUUGCUGGGACUGUGGUGAGCUACUCUGCAACCAUGGGGCAAAUCAUCUUUCCCGGACUGGCCUACGCCUUCCCGGACUGGCGCUGGCUUCAGUUUGCUGCUUCCCUGCCUUUUUUCGCUUUCUUCCUCUACUCCUGGUGGUUUUCUGAAUCUGCACGUUGGCUGGUUCUCUCUGGCAAGUCAGAGAAGGCUGUGGAAGUCCUCAAGAGGGUGGCCCGGAUCAAUGGGAAAAAGGAAGAAGGAGAAAAGCUCACAACAGAGGUUUUGAAAUCUAACAUGCAGAAAGAAAUGGCCCUGGCAAAUUCCUCAUACUCAUUCGUCAGCUUGGCCCGUACACCCACUGUACGCCGGAUCUCCUUCUGUAUUUCCAGUGUCUGGUUUGCUACUAGUUUCUCCUAUUAUGGCCUCGUCAUGGAUCUUCAGAACUUCGGUUUCAGCAUCUACCUGAUCCAGGUGGCUUUUGGUUCCAUCGAUAUCCCUGCCAAGCUGAUUGCUGCCAUCGGUAUGAACUACAUUGGACGGCGAACCACGCAGGCUUUGUCCGUUAUUUUGGCUGGCUUGGCCAUCCUGGCCAAUAUAUUUGUGCCCAAUGAUCUCCGGACCCUGAGAACCUCCCUGGCGGUACUUGGGAAAGGAUGCCUGGCAUCAUCCUUCAACUGUCUCUAUCUGUACACAGGAGAACUUUACCCAACAGUGAUCAGACAGACCGGGAUGGGGCUGGGCAGCACCCUGGCUCGUGUGGGGGGCAUAGUGGCACCGAUGGUAAGGAUAACGGGGGAAUAUUUCCCAUACCUCCCGCCGAUCAUAUACGGAACAGCCACGAUCCUGUCAGGGAUUGCUGCCAUCUUCCUGCCGGAGACACGCAAUGUGCCACUUCCAGACACCAUUGAGGAUGUCGAGAGCGGGAGGAUGCCAGAACAAUGCAUCGUCAAAGGCCAAGAAAAUGUGUUGCUGAGGAAGGUGAGCCAAGAAGAACCACAAGAUGGCAGACUGUGAAGGAGACCAUCAGCUGGGAAUCGCCAUAGUCUUUAUAAGGAGCCUUGAGUGAGUGGGUGAAGAAGCCGAGAGAUUCCACCUGAGCCACCCAAUUUGACCCUGAU